AUGCUGCAUGAUCGAGUACUCGUCCUCGUUUUUGCGACGAUCUUAUGCACAACGGCCGUGACGUGCAUCCCACAGCGGCAAUGGACUUGGAGCACUCCUCCCCCAUCGCCGCCGGCCGAUGACGACUCGGUUCGAUCAACGCACGCCCACGCCCCCGCCCCCGCCCCCGCCCACGAUAAUGAGCCCUACCCUGCGUACUCGGACUCGUUCUCCCUCCGACAAGCACUGCACAUCUCGAUCAGGAACCGAUCUGCCCCCGUCCUGCGACUCGACUACGACGGUGCGGAUCUCACGGCUCUCGGUCUCGGCGGGAUCGAAACGACGCACCCCGUCGAAGCGCUCACGACCACCACCUGGCGCGCCAAUUCCCAGGCCGCUUUCGAAGCUUUUCGAUGGGCGCAGUACAACGCCAAGCGAAGACGAGCGAUGGCCGUUCUAGCGACGAAGGAGGAGUACGAGACGCAGGUGUUGGCCGAUACAUUCGGUUGGGACGAGGUCGAGAUCAAGGCGCCUAACACGAGUAGCGUACGGACGCUGCAGUCGCUCGCCAAGAUGGCGAAUAAUGCGUAUGUGCCCUUUGAUUCGUCCAAUUGGUGGAAUCUGACCAAGAAGUGGAAUAUCGUGAGUAUGGACGAUGCAGCCGAGAGAGCGCUGAGCGCUCCGCCGCCAUCCAUGGCGCCAAGCUCAAUCUUCGGCGAUCCGAACACAAGCCAGUGGCUGACGAGGCAUUUUUCCGGGCAGACCGAUUCUUUUGGAUGGCUCGAGGACGGUUUGAGAGGACACGUGUUUGCGAACCCAACCAACACGACCGUCGUUGUCGCGCUCAAGGUAUGCCCAUUCGCUCGCAUACAUCGAGCUCGGAACGCAUAGAUCGCCGCAACUGACUCGAUUCUCGCACUCACGAUCUGCAGGGGACAUCGGCGGCUUUCAUCGGCGGAGGGGGGAGCACGUCCAAGAAUGACAAGAUUAACGUGUGUUUGGAACUUAUCAUUGGCCGCUUGAGGGCGUGAUCUGACGAGGUCCUGGUACUACCCCACCUUUGCAGGACAACCUCCUAUUCUCGUGCUGCUGCGCGCGCGUCGAUUGGUCGUGGUCGACGGUGUGCGAUUGCUACAACGGCACUUACACCUGUAAACAGGACUGCCUUGAACAUGCCGUCAUGACCAAGAGUGCAUACUACCCUGUCGCCACUGUAAGUACUUUCUUCGGUGGUCUGCCUCGAUGGAUGCCCCGACACUGAUCCGCUCCAUCCUCACGUGCUCAGGAUCUUUUCAACAACAUUUCAGCGAUCUAUCCCCACGCUCAAAUCUGGCUGACCGGACACUCUCUCGGUGGAUCACUGGCGGCGAUGCUCUCGAGGACCUAUGCAGUCCCUUCGGUCUCGUUCGAGGCCCCGGGGGACUUUUUGCCCGCUCGCCGUCUACACCUGCCAAUCCCUCCGCCCAAGUCGGGUCUACGAAACGCCGACGCCACGAAGGAGAUCACAACACACGUCUACCAUACCGCCGAUCCCAUCCCGAUGGGUGUAUGCACCGGUUCACUCUCGACAUGUGGCGUGGCCGGUUUCGCCCUCGAAUCGCGGUGCCAUACGGGCGAAAGCAUCGUGUACGACACCGUCGGUCGAUUGGGAUGGAGUGUCGAUAUACGCACGCACUCAAUCAAACCCGUCAUUGAGAAGGUGUUGAUCCCCGAAUGGGGAGUGACGGAGGAACAACGCAAGAAGGAGGAAGAGGAGAGGAAGAGGAAGGAGACAUGUGAGAAUAGGGAUGGGGAUAAGGGGGAUAAGGAAGAGAGUGUAGGGGCGAGACGCCAGUCGGUCUGGUCGUGGGGUUGGUGGCCUUUACCUGGUGGAGGUGGGAAGAGCCAUGAUAAGGAUCGGGACGAGUGCGAUCAGAUCCCACCGGAGGAACCGGAUGAUGGACAGCAUUUUGGUCGGGGAGUUCCUGAUGCGACCAGGGAGGACGACGGUGAAUGCGUUGAUUGCUUCAAGUGGGAAUUCAAUUGA